UAAGUUCAGUGAUAGAUAACAUCGAAUUCAAUUUUAACUUGAUUUCACUCAAGUCAGUUUGGGUUAUAAUUACAGUUAGUAAGCUUAAAUACUUCAACUAUAUUGGGAGAGGAAAAUGGCCAACAACAUUAUUCUGUACAUGACUGAUAUAAGUCCUCCAUGCAGAGCAGUCUUGUCCGUGGCAUAUACGCUUGGAAUAGACAUUGAAAAACGAUACGUUAGCUUCUUGAAGAGAGAACAAUUUUCUGAUUGGUACUUGAAAUUGAAUCCCGAGCACACGGUUCCGACCUUACAAGAUAAUAACAAACCUAUUACGGACAGCCAUGCAAUAUGUGCUUACCUCGUAGAUAAAUAUGGCAAAGAUGACACUCUAUACCCAAAAGAUUUAUAUGUACGAGCCCGUUGCAAUCAACGUAUGUUCUUCGAUGCAGCUACUCUAUUCAAACCCAUAAGAGAUGUAGCAUUUUCGAUUUUCAAGAAUGGAUCCACCGAAAUCGAUCCCGACAUUGUUCGUAACAUUUACGCGUCGUAUGACAUGUUUGAAGCAAUAUUGGACGAAGAAUAUCUUGCGGGUAAAACUAUGACAAUAGUCGAUAUCUGUGCAUUUGGGUCGAUUACUACAUUGGAUCAUCUUUAUGCGCCUAUGCCACCGGAAAAAUAUCCAAAAACGGUCGCAUGGGUGGAGCGUCUCAAGAAAGAACCGUUCUACGCUGCCAUCGAAGAGAAUGGAAAACAUGUUGCGGAAUAUAAACGCUGUAUCAUGUAUGUGAAAGACCUGAACAGGCAUCGUAAAUAAUUUAGAUAUAAUGCAAACUGACCCGAAAGGUUA